AUGGUAGGAUUUUCGGAAUCAGCAAAAUGUCAGUGUCUCCGAAAAGCGUUUGCUGAUGCGUUCCGUUCCAGAUUGAGUGUUCUGCUCAUAGAUAAUGUGGAAAGAUUGCUUGACUAUUCACCCGUUGGUCCUCGUUUCUCCAAUCUUGUUCUUCAAGCAUUGCUAGUUUUGUUGAACGAACCUCCUCCACAG